AAAUUUGUUAUUUGCCAAAUUGACCCAUAAUUGAAAAAAGAGAAUUCAAAGUCUUGUCUAUCAAUGGUGACGACGGAGGUUAGGACCGCCGUCUCCGAUAAGGAACCAUUGCCACCGUCUCCACAAUUAGACGGAUCUAGUGAUUUCCUCGACAACGAUAGAUUACAAGAAACUUUCUCCAGUGGAGCUCUUGAUUUUGAUGAAUGGAUUUUGUUAAUCUCCGAAAUAGAGACUUCGUUCCCCGAUGAUAUUGAGAAGUUAUGUUUAGUUUACGAUGCUUUCUUGUUGGAGUUUCCAUUGUGCCAUGGCUAUUGGAGGAAAUAUGCUUACCAUAAAAUAAAGUUAUGCACUUCAGAAGAUGCUCUUGAAGUUUUCGAACGAGCAGUACAAGCAGCUACUUAUUCUGUAGCUGUAUGGCUCGACUAUUGCGCUUUCGCUGUUGCUGCUUAUGAAGAUCCUCAUGAUGUUAGUAGAUCAUUUGAGAGGGGGCUUUCAUUUGUGGGAAAAGAUUAUUCUUGCUGCAAUCUUUGGGACAAAUAUAUAGAAUAUCUUAUGGGGCAGCAGCAAUGGAGUUCAUUGGCUCAUUUAUAUCUCCGGACCCUGAGAUAUCCAUCCAAAAAGUUGGAUCUCUACUACAAAAACUUCAGGAAGAUUGUGGCUUCUUUGAAGGAGAAGAUUAAAUGUAGAAUACAUGUUAACGGAGACCUUUCUUCAGACCCCAUGGAAGAAGAUUUGGUCCUUACACGUCACACUGAUGAGGAGAUCUCUAUUGUUGUAAGAGACUUGAUGGGUCCUUCCUCUAGCUCAGCUGUGUCAAAAGCACUGCAUGCAUAUUGGUCAAUUGGAGAACAGUUCUACCAAGACUCACAGCAGUUGAUGGAGAAAAUAAGCUGCUUUGAGACACAAAUCCGCAGGCCUUAUUUUCAUGUAAAUCCGUUGGACACUAAUCAGCUCGACAAUUGGCAUGCAUAUUUGAGCUUUGCCGAAACAUAUGGGGACUUUGAUUGGGCUAUUCAUCUCUAUGAGAGAUGCUUAAUACCAUGCGCUAAUUACACCGAGUUCUGGUUCCGCUAUGUGGAUUUUGUAGAAAGCAAGGGUGGAAGGGAGCUAGCAAACUUCGCAUUGGCUCGAGCGUCACAAACUUUUGUCAAGAAUGCAUCUGUUAUCCAUCUAUUCAAUGCAAGAUUCAAGGAACACGUUGGAGAUGCAUCUGCUGCUUCAGUUGCUCUGUCUCGAUGUGGUGAGGAACUUGGUUUUGUUUUGGUUGAAAAUGUAACUAAGAAGGCUAACAUGGAAAGGCGCCUGGGUAAUUUUGAAGGUGCUGUUACUACGUACAGAGAGGCUCUGAAUAAAACGCUCAUUGGAAAAGAAAAUUUGGAAACCACCGCCUUGCUGUAUGUUCAAUUUUCUCGCCUCAAGUACAUGAUUACAAAUAGUGCUGAUGAAGCUGCUCAGAUUCUGAUAGAAGGCAAUGAGAAAGUUCCUCACUGCAAAUUACUUCUUGAGGAACUUAUAAGACUCUUGAUGAUGCAUGGAGGGUCUCGAGGAGUGGAUUUGUUAGAUUCUAUCAUAGAUAAGGAAAUAUCUCACCAGGAAGAUUCCUCCGAUGGUCUGAGCGCAGAGGACAAAGAAGAGAUAUCAAAUUUAUACAUGGAGUUUAUUGACCUCUCUGGAACCAUCCAUGAUGUGAGGAAGGCUUUGGGUCGACACAUAAAAUUAUUCCCACAUUCUGCUAGAGCCAAGUUACAUGGGUCCCGUCCUUCAGGAAAUUCAUUUAGAGAGUUGAUUCAGAGAAGAGAGAAGACUCGUGACUGCUUGAAUCAGGACCUAUUAACAAACAAAGGCAUUAGCAGCACAGUCGAUUCGACACCAAAAGAAAAGAAAGAGUCAUCUCUAGACCCUGAUGGUGCCCAAUCUAAAGAUGCUGUUCGGGCUGAUUAUGUAAACACUGAGCCUAAUCAGGGGUGUCUGGCUUCAGGACAUCUAGUUGAAAGAAAGGAUAAUGUUGCUGAGAGGGAGGAUUUGUGGGAGUCACAGAGUGAUCUGUCCAUGGGAUUAAAAGCGGAUGACGGUGGUGAACGCUCUCGUGAAGUUAGCCUACCGAUCCAAGCCACACCAAAACAUGGUUUUGUCACGAAACAAGCUCACUUCUCGUCCAGUUCUGUAGAUACUGUGAAAUCAGAUGCUAUUGUGAUCCAACCUAGUGGCUCACAGAGUCCCCAAAGUUACCAAAGCCAAGAGUCUCUCAGGCAAACUGGUCGAAACAGGUACCCCAGAAGAGAUUUAAACCAGACUCAUAGAGAUUCGAAACCUCGUUCUCGAGAGAGACCUCCUCAGAUGUCGUAUUCUCCAGUCGGAACUGGUCGUGAAAUUCCCGGUCAGCACAUGGGUGUUGCUCCUCGAGACAAUCGAGCAGCGCUACAAAGCUCAAUCUCACGGAAUCCGCAAAACCAAUUUCACAACUCUGCACUUCAGAUGCAUCCUGUGGUUCAAACAUCCAAUGCUUAUCCUCAAACUCAGAUACUUGGUCAGCACAUGAUUGUAUUGCCUCCAGACUCACAGAAUCCGCAGAACCAAUAUCAAAACUCUACAUCUCAGGUUCAAACAUCCUUUGCUUAUCCUCAAACUCAGAUUCCUCAGAAUCCAGUGCAAAGUAACUACCAACAAGAAGGUCAGAUGCAGAGUCAUGAAGCUUAUAACCAGAUGUGGCAACAGUAUUAUUAUAGCUAUUAUUACUAUCAGCAACAGCAACAGCUUAUGUCUGAACAGCCACAACCAAAUCAGAACCCUCAGCCACAACUAGAUCAGAAUCUUCUGCAACUUCUCUCCAAACAGUACCAAUCUCAAGCCAAUACUCAGUAUCCACAACCUCAACAGGUGAAGGAACAGCUCAAUACACAGCAACAGAGCCAAGAACCACAAAAUCAGCAGCAAAUUCAGUUCCAGCAACAACAACAAGAAUGGUUCCAACAGCAACAAUGGCAACAACAACAGUAUUUUCUCUAUCUUCAACAACAGCAGUUGCAAGGAGAAGCAAAAGGCGAUGAACAAAGACUCUCUAUGCCACAGCCACAGGUCUCCACAACAAACAGUGAUGUUCAAAAGAGUCAAGAAUCUGGAGCAGUCAAUGAAGCAAAUCUAUCUUCUGACACUUCCAUCAGUUCUAUAUGAAUCUCAUGAAAGCCGAUGGACACGUAACUGAUUGUGUUAUUUAAUUUAAAAACAAAAAAUGUUCCAAAAAUUUCAAUUUUAAUAAUAGUUAACGAAUUUUCCGGUUUUUAUGAGAUAUAGAAUUAGGAUGAAGAAUUCCUUUACCAAACUUUGAAUUUCGAAUUGAUAAAAAAACCAAUUGUAAUUUGGUAGUUUUUAACGGUUUAAUGAAAUUUCAGUUUUGUU